GUAAAAUGGCAUCAAAAUCAUUUAUUAAAAAAAAGCAUACAAAAAAAAAUAAUGCUUUUUGGUGUGCCCCUAGAAAAGUAAAGAGCACAACUGAUGUAAUAAAGCUUGAUAGUUUGUUAACGUUAAAUAAAAAACCAAAAAAAAAACGUUGUAGGAAAGUGCGAAAACAUGUAAAAAAGGUGAGACGUAUCGAUAUCCUGGCUAAGCCUAAAUCUACAAAGCAUCGACCAGAAUAUAAUAAAAUGACAGAAGUGUUCCCGACAAAACUAGCUGAUCUGAUUUCUCCUCGGAAAAUUUCGAAGCCAAACAAACUGAAAACGAUGAAAAAUAUACCGGAAAAUUUUACAAUGAAAUCCAGGAAAAAGAAUUCUCCGCGGAUCGUGCUACCUAAGAAAAUAGGUCUUCGAUUAUUCUCUCUAGUGACGAAAAGGCUUAAGGAACUAACAGACUCUAAAAGCGUAUAAGAACGUGAAGAUAAUCAACUAAAUUAAAAAGUUAUUAU